AUGUCUUUUCCUGGUCCCAGCGUCAAGCCUUUCCCGGUGGCGGAUGCUGUCCUCUCCUAUUGGAGAAAACAAGUUGGGCCCAUCGACAACCAUCGCAGCACUGAACAGCUUCCUACGCAGGUUGAUGUUGUCAUCGUUGGCGCGGGGUAUGCUGGAGCAUCAAUCGUGCAUCACAUAGUCGAAGAGUGUGUGCGUCGCGACCGCCCAAUACCAUCAAUACUUAUCCUUGAGGCACGUGAGGCCUGCUCUGGCGCUACCGGACGUAACGGUACAUACCAUAUGCCCUUGAUAUUCCAUUUCAAUGUCGCACGUACUAAAUCUGAAAAUCUAGGCGGUCAUUUAAAACCAGACCCUUUGUCAAGAGCGGCCAGUGUACUGGAGACGCAUGGGAAAGCGGUCGCCGAGCACGUGGCUACAUUCGAGGCCCGCCAGAUCGAUGCAAUCAAAGAACUUGUUCAGCGUGAAAAUUGUGACUGCGACUUCGAAGAGACAAGGGUCACCGAUGUCUGCUUUUAUGAAGCCGGUCGCGAUAAAAUCCAAGCUGACAUUGCGAAAAUCACUAAAGCGGGUAUCUCCACUGCGAAAGGGAUAGAUUUUACUUCAGGCAGCGAAGCAGAAGAGGUUUCCGGCGUAUGGGGUGCAAAGUCUUGUCAUACAUAUAGCGCCGCUCGUCUGUGGCCCUACCGACUCGUUGCGCACUUGCUAGAGAAAGCGGUAUCUAUGGGUGUCAACUUGCAAACACACACCUCAGUGACAUCCGUCUCGGCAGCCGAUGGGUGCACAAAAGAUCAUCCUUGGGUCGUGAAUACACCGCGCGGCUCCGUCAAGACCAGCACCGUCGUUUACGCUACGAAUGGCUACACGUCUGCUCUCGUACCGGAGAUGAAGGACAAAGUCGUCCCAGUGAGAGGCAUAGUAGCGCGCUUGGCGGGCGAGAAUGCACCAAGGAUGACUGAUAGCUAUAUGAUGCGGUUUUCUGACUAUGAGUACGACUACAUGAUUCCUCGACCGGACGGUAGCAUCAUCGUCGGGGGCGGAAGGCGCGACUACUACAAAGACUUGGGCGAAUGGUUCGAUGUAUCCGACGACAGCAGACUGAUGAAUGGCGCGCGGCAUUACUUUGACGGUUACAUGCAACGGCAUUUCCGCGGGUGGGAGAACAGCGGUGCACACACAGAAGAGCUUUGGACCGGUAUUAUGGGCUAUUCCAACGACGGGUUCCCUUAUGUUGGGCCAGUUUGCGGGAAACCCGGCCAGUAUAUGUGCGCAGGAUUCAGCGGGCACGGUAUGCCGCAGAUAUUUUUCUGUGCAAAAGCCAUCGCUUCCAUGGUCAUCACGGGUGACGCAGAGAAUGUGGAUCUCCCUGUGCCGUACCGCAUCACCAGGAGUAGGUGGUACCAGCAGAAAGAACAUGUGUCUCUCAAGAUGUGGCAACAGAUAGCGGAAAGCCAGCCUGCUCAAGCACGGUUGUGA